UUCAUUUUCAUUCUCCAUUUCUUUCUUCCGCGCCACAUUCCUGAUCAUGGGAAACCUAUGUUGUUUGUUCCAAGUAGACCAAUCUACUGUUGCUAUUAAGGAAUCUUUUGGGAAAUUCGAUGAAGUUCUGGACCCGGGAUGUCAUUGUGUGCCAUGGAUUAUGGGUAAAAAAGUUGCAGGUCAUCUUACAUUAAGGGUUCAACAAUUGGAUGUCAAGUGCGAGACUAAAACCAAGGAUAAUGUGUUUGUGAAUGUUGUGGCUUCCAUACAAUACCGUGCUUUGGCUGAUAAGGCAGGUGAUGCGUUUUAUAAACUUAGCAACACAAGGGCGCAAAUCCAGGCCUAUGUUUUUGAUGUUAUAAGAGCCUUCGUUCCGAAGCAUGAUCUAGAUGAUACAUUCGAGCAAAAGAAUGAAAUUGCCAAGGCUGUCGAAGAAGAGCUUGAAAAGGCUAUGUCUGCUUACGGGUACGAGAUUGUUCAGACAUUGAUCGUUGACAUUGAACCAGAUGAGCAUGUUAAGAGAGCAAUGAAUGAGAUCAAUGCUGCUGCAAGGUUAAGGAUGGCGGCAACUGAGAAAGCAGAAGCUGAGAAAAUUCUGCAAAUCAAGAGGGCGGAGGGUGAAGCGGAGGCCAAGUACCUGUCGGGUUUGGGUGUUGCUCGCCAACGACAAGCCAUUGUAGAUGGUUUGAGAGACAGUGUGCUGGGAUUCUCACUCAAUGUUCCUGGAACAAGUGCAAAAGAUGUUAUGGACAUGGUUCUAGUGACCCAGUAUUUUGAUACCAUGAAAGAAAUCGGUGCAUCUUCCAAAUCCUCAGCUGUGUUUAUCCCUCAUGGGCCUGGUGCAGUUCGUGAUGUAGCCACCCAGAUACGUGAUGGGCUUCUCCAGGGUUCUGCCACUAGCUGAUUUGCAACUUUGUCACUUGAAAUCAUGUAUAUAGGUUAUAUAUUAUUGUUUGGACCUUUUCUCUUUGAAAACUCAAAAUAAAUUACAAAGUUAAAUGUAAAUUUAUCAAAAAAUACUGUAAUAUUUAUUCCAUGGUCGUUAUAGCUUUCA